CCUAUGUACUGAUAUGAUACUAAUGUUAUCAACCCAUCCACGCAAGUCAAACAACCGCUGUCACUUUACCAAGGCUUGCAUUCAUACCGCUUCCCGUGCAAUUCACGUCUCAAAUCCAUUAUUGAAAAUGAGUAUGCACUUGCAUGAGUCCAGAUUCACGCCGACAUCACUCCCAUCGACAUCCUCGCGGAUUGGCGUUGUAGAGCGAUGCACAAGCUCGACCAACGACGAAUGCUUGUUACAUCAUGGAACUUUAGGACGUGCAUCCAAUGAUCAAGAUUCAAUGAAACCAGCCCUGCACUCAUGUCUUGAGUUGCUUGACCAGCUCUGUCACAGGCUUAACAAUACUUACAAGGAAACCCUUGAGAUCCGCGCCCGCAUCACAGAGAUUCUUGCUAUGGGGAAUACGGGCGCGUUGGAUAGCAAUGUUGACCCAAUCUUCGGUGAUAAGUCUCCAACCAUCGCGCCCGUUGCACUUAACGAGCUUGGUGCUAUUCCAUUGUGGUCGACCCCGCCCAACCUUGCCCUCCUGUCACAGCCGCCAGUAUUCCAAAACUCACACGGCCAUCCUUCGGACCAGGGGUACGAAUUUCUUACGCAAGCAUCUGUCGGGGUCAUUAGUACCCUGCCAGAGUAUCCAGAUCCUGCAGUCCGCCGGCGUGUGUGAUUAUAGACC